AUGGCCACAUUCACCUGCCCUGGAGACUCAUUCCAAUGGGUACUGGGAGGAAGCCGCCCUACUGUACCGGGUGGGAAAGUGUGGAAACACGAAGCAGGCAGGAUAAGUUUGCCCAGCCCUCUCUGGUCUCUUGGGCAGGCAGAUGCUGAGAGCAACAUGACCACCGGAAGGAAAGCCCGCCCUGGAGGUGAAGGCUGUGGCCCCCUCUGCUACUCACGCCGCGGGGCCUGCCUUUCUGUCUUCCUGCUGCUUCUGCUGGCCAUGCUUGCCGCCUUGCUCUUGAUCGUCACCAUCCUGGGACAUCCACGGCGCACACCAGAGCCUCACUCUUGUGUGACACUGGCCAACAGGACGGGGUUCUUGUGCCAUGACCGAAGGCACUGCAUCCCGGCCCAUGCCGUGUGUGAUGGCAUCCGCACCUGUCCUCAUGGUGAGGACGAGGCUGAGAGCUUGUGUCGAGAUUUGCCCCAGAGCCUCCCCAGCUUCCUCCUGACCACCUGUGGAAACCCAGACUCCUGGAUCUACUCAGACCAGAAAUGUGAUGGCACCAACAACUGUGGGGACUGCUCAGAUGAGCUGAGCCCAGUGACUGCCUGCCCACCCUGUGGCCCUGGGUGGUGGUAUUGCACUCCAACUGUGUUCAGGUACUGCAGCUGUGUCCCGAGGGUCCUGUGCCGGGACGGAGUGCAGCACUGCUCUGACUGGUCGGAUGAGUACUCCUGUCCUGGACCCUGAGUGAGCCUCAUGGUCUGGGUCAGCAUGGAAGCUGGCACCCGGAACCUUUCACCAGAGCACCAAAGCCUACACCACAAGGGCAGGAAGAAACCUUUGUCAUCCACCAGUGGCACCUAGCCCCCAUGGUCUCUGAACAGGAAUUCAAGUGUCUCAGCCUCCACCUGAGCACUUCCAAUGACACGGAGCUCACCACCAUGUUAGGCAGAUUCUAACAAAGAUGAGGCGGCCUCCUCCAUCACUUCAGGCCUGUCAGUGAGACCACAGGAGAAAUGCUCCUUGACUCCAGGGCAGACCUGAAGGUCCAAUCUUGUCAUCCCUGGAAGAGGCAAAUGUGUGGCUUAAAUAUCAAGUGAGUUUAGCCCCGUGGGUAGAAAACAAAGCACACACAUUUACCACCAUUUGGUGCCUAAGGCAGGAACUGCUGAGCUCAAGGCCCCUGGAGCUUCUUGCUCAACUCACCAGCAGCCCCGACUGAUCACAUGAGGUUGCACAUGGCACUUGGGACCUGGAGUCUUUCUAGUUUCCCAGUAUCCUAGAGGCUUGUGGCUGUGGAGUAGAAGACCCAGAGACAGUGCAGCUUAGAAGAACCCCUCUAUGCCUUUAGUCUUAGCCUCGGCCUUGCUUCACCCCACAAUUGCCUGCAGGUUAAUAUUUUGGUCCUGCAGCCAGGACCUACAUACCUUGCAUAACUUCUAGCUUUACAACACCCACCCAGGCAAGGAUGGGUGUGCUCAUUAGACAGAUGAGGAAACAGAGGCCUAGGGGAUGACUUGCCCAGGGUAGACUCUGGAACUGGGACUCAAAGUCAGUCUGCGGAACUCUGACCUCAGGGUCUUCCCCACUAUUAAUGGGGAAGAGAGAUGGGCUAGAGAGAUGGCUCAGCAGUUAAGAGCCAUGGCUGCUCUUCCAGAGGUCCUGAGUUCAAUUCCCAGCAACCACAUGGUGGCUCACAACCAUCUGUAAUGGGAUCCGAUGCCCUCUUUGGGUAUGUCUGAAGACAGCUACAGUGUACUUAUAUAAAUUAAAAAAAAAUAUU